AUGGUCGUCGAGCUUGCGAGAGCAAUCUUUGCUUCGACCAAGAAAAAGCCUGAGAGGAUAUUACUCUACCUCAACAGAGUCUCGGAGGGUCAGUUUGUGCAAGCCCACCAAGUCGAAGUGGAUGCCAUUCGGUCGGCUUCCAAGAAGCUACAAGUUAUGUAUGCUCCCAAGUGCCACUUUUGCCCCAAGGCUGCUAGGCCCCAGGUUGUCCAGGUUAUGCGAAAAUAG